UUCCUCUGGUGACUGUGGCCGGCUGCCGCCUCCUCGGGGCCGGGCUAUGGGCGGGGACGGUUGCCGGGGUAUUAAAGGGAGGCUCGCCCACGACUGGACUGCCUGGACCCGUGCGGUGGUGAACCCGCCGCCCAGUCUUGCGGGAGGACGCUCCUCAGGAGCCCGUGUACGGCGGCCCCGAGCCCUAAGGCAUAAAGUUACUGCUUUAAAGACAUCAUCUUCUGGCUUCCAUCAAUUCCAGGACACGUGCUGUAAUUCCUGUCUUUGUUCCUCCGUAAGUGAUGUGUGUCUGCCUUCAGAAGCACCCUCUGAGCAGCAGUGAUUGGAAGUAAAAUCUCCAGAAAUGUCUUCAGAAAAUAAAGAGCAACGUGACCUUUCACCUAGGGACUUGCCUGAAGAAGCCUAUGGUUUCCCAUCUGAGCUCCCCCUAGAGGCUCAAAGAGGAUCAAGCACUGACUUGAGGGAGUGUGAGACCAGUGAUCCACGGAGGGCUUUCCGUAGGAUCCACAUGGAACUUCAUGAGAAACCAGAUACUAACAUCAAGCAGUUUGUCAUCAGAAAGCUCCAGAAGAGUUGCCAGUGUAGUGCAACCAAAGUCAGAAAUGGGAUUUUCGAUUUCCUUCCUGUAUUGCGGUGGCUCCCAAAAUAUGAUCUGAAGAAAAACAUUUUAGGAGAUGUGAUGUCUGGCCUGAUUGUGGGUAUACUGUUGGUGCCCCAGUCCAUUGCUUACUCCCUGUUGGCUGGCCAGGAGCCUAUCUAUGGUCUAUAUUCAUCAUUUUUUGCCAGCAUUAUUUAUUUCCUGUUUGGUACCUCCCGCCACAUCUCUGUGGGCAUUUUUGGAAUACUGUGCCUUAUGAUUGGUGAGGUAGUUGACCGAGAACUCCAUAAAGCCUGCCCUGACACUGCCGCUACGCCGUCUUCGCUAGCAGCACUUUCAAAUGGAUCUGUGGUCGUAAACCAUACAUUAGACGGACUCUGUGACAAAAGCUAUUACGCAAUUAAAGUUGGCAGCACUGUGACAUUCAUGGCUGGAAUUUAUCAGGUAGCCAUGGGCUUCUUUCAAGUAGGCUUUGUCUCUGUCUACCUCUCUGAUGCCUUGCUGAGCGGGUUUGUCACUGGUGCCUCCUUCACCAUCCUCACAUCCCAGGUCAAGUACCUCCUUGGGCUGCGCCUUCCUCGGAGUCAUGGUGUUGGCUCAGUCAUCACUACUUGGAUCCACAUCUUCAGAAACAUCCAUAAGACCAACAUCUGUGACCUCAUCACCAGCCUUUUGUGUCUCCUGGUCCUUGUGCCAACCAAAGAACUCAAUGAACACUUCAAGGACAAGCUCAAGGCACCAAUUCCCACCGAGCUCAUUGUCGUCGUGGCGGCCACAUUGGCUUCUCAUUUUGGAAAACUAAAUGAGAGUUAUAAUUCCAGUAUUUCUGGACAGAUCCCCACUGGGUUUAUGCCACCCAAAGCACCAGACUGGAGCCUCAUUCCUAAUGUGGCUGUAGAUGCAAUUGCUAUUUCUAUCAUUGGUUUUGCUAUCACUGUAUCACUUUCUGAGAUGUUUGCCAAGAAGCAUGGUUACACGGUCAAAGCAAACCAAGAAAUGUAUGCCAUUGGCUUUUGCAAUAUCAUACCUUCCUUCUUCCACUGCAUAACUACUAGUGCUGCACUUGCAAAGACAUUGGUUAAAGAGUCAACAGGCUGCCAGACGCAGAUGUCAGCUAUAGUGACAGCCCUUGUUCUUUUGUUGGUCCUUCUGGUAAUAGCUCCUUUAUUCUAUUCCCUUCAAAAGUGUGUCCUUGGUGUGAUCACUAUUGUAAAUCUCCGGGGUGCACUUCUGAAAUUUAGAGACCUGCCAAAGAUGUGGCGGCUCAGCAGAAUGGACACAGUUAUCUGGUUUGUGACUAUGCUGUCCUCUGCUCUGUUAAGCACCGAAAUAGGCUUGCUUGUAGGGGUUUGUUUUUCAAUGUUUUGUGUGAUCCUCCGUACUCAGAAGCCAAAGAUUUCACUGCUUGGUUUGGAAGAAGAAUCUGAGAUCUUUGAAUCCAUUUCCACUUACAAGAACCUUCGGAGUAAGUCAGGCAUCAAGGUUUUCCGCUUCAUAGCCCCUCUCUACUACAUAAACAAAGAAUGCUUUAAAUCAGCUUUAUACAAGAAAACUCUAAACCCAGUCUUGAUAAAGGCAGCUUGGAAAAAGGCAGCAAAGAGGAAACUCAAAGAGGAAACAGUGACUUUUCGUGGGGACCCGGAUGAAGUUUCACUGCAGCUUUCCCAUGAUCCCCUGGAGGUGCACACUAUCGUGAUUGACUGUAGUGCAAUACAGUUUUUAGAUACAUCAGGGAUCCACACACUGAAAGAAGUUCGCCGGGAUUAUGAAGCCAUUGGUAUCCAGGUUUUACUGGCUCAGUGCAAUCCUUCUGUGAGGGAUUCUUUAGCCAGAGGAGAAUAUUGCAAAAAGGAAGAAGAAAAUCUCCUCUUCUACAGUUUGUCUGAAGCGGUAGCUUUUGCAGAAGACUUUAAGAAGCAGAAAGGUGUGUGUGUUGUCAAUGGUCUGAGUCUUUCUGGUGACUGAGCAAGUUAAUCUGAGUCUUUAUGUUUGCUGGGAAAGUUAAUAAAAGGAAGAAUAGUGUCUUGCCAGUUUCAAUGUGCAACAUUUUCUACCUUGAAAGGAGAAAGCGGUGCACUCUUGAAAUAGUUCUCCUUUGUAGCUAGCCUUUUGAUAGUCUCAUGUGCAAUAGAGCUUUUGGUUGGGUAGAAUCAAAAAGAAGUAAGUGUUGUGGCUUCCAGCUUUCAUGCAGAUAGCAUUCUUGGGGUAUGGUAUAAACAGGAUGGAACUGUAGAGCAGCCCCCCAACUUAAUUGCCUUACUUUAGGGACUGUAUAUCUGAACUCUGUUCUCCAGGAUGCAGAGGGACAUAAAGUGGGAUUUGCUUUACACAUGCGGGAGCCUUUGCAUGGCUCUGGAGAGGGCAAGGAAGGAGGCAGUGUUGCUGGCCCAGAGGCUGGCAAAGCACGAGGGCCUAAGGAGACAAGGUCUGACCCUGCUGGUGUGCCUCUGUCUGGGUUUGCUCCCAGACAGCAGUAAGAUCUCUCGCUGAUAGUUGGAAAUCACCAUCUUUCCUUUCCUUCACGCAGGAACCGUACCAGAGUCUCAUAAGAGAAUCUGACCCUCACAGCCAGCCUGACACUAUUGUACAGACCCUGUGUUGUAAACAUUUGAUGUGUUAGUCAUACCUUUGUAUUUAGAAUAAGUAGGUAAGGAAAGGGUUUAAAACCCGAACAGUAGUGGAAGCCAUCAUCUUUCUUCAUCUCUGUCUCUGUCUUUGAGAACUUGUCUAAUGUUAAGCUCUGUCUCACCUUUGACUUACUCUCAUGUUUCCCCGGAAUCCUUGCUAAAUUGGCAUUUCUGAACACCAGUGGUUGUCAGGGAAAGCAGAAUAUUGGCUCAGCAGCUUCUUACAACAUAGUGAGUGGGCUUGUGGUGUACAUUCAAGGAGAGAUUGCAAAAAAGAAUAAAUGACAGUUCCUCUUAAGAAAUGCCACCAUCCCACCACUGAGACAUCUUAGCAAGGAUCCACUGGGGGUUGGCAGUCUUUCUUUAUAGAAGUGGCUGUUUGUGGACGAGUACAGAGGUGAGACAGUGCUUCCAAAAGGACAUCUGUCAUUACUUUGCAGAUGUGAAAACAGUGUUGAUGCUUACUGCCACACACCCUGUUGAUAUAUGAUAAAUAUUGAUGUCCGUGGCCACUUUUAAUGCAGGACUUGGAACCUUCAAAGAGCUCUAGAUUUACUGGUGUGCCAUUCUCAGGAGCUGGCAGCAGGCUAUGAGUUGAGUAGUUUCUUCAGAAAAGGACUUCUACAGGUAAGAAAAGUUCUCCAAAGUGAGGAAUAGAGGACUCACAUAAGAUUAAGACAUUUAGUCAAGUUAUUAAAGUAACAGUUUCUGAAGUGUAAAAUCAUUUUUAGCCUGUUCUUACAUGCAAAACAAUUUAAAAUAUUUAUGGAAAACACUCUGUAAUGAACCUACUGAGGUGGAGUGCUUUCAAACAUUUUACACAGGCGAACUCCAGGGUCUGCCCUGUUCCCUAGUGGCCGAGUGCUCCUGUUUGCUUAUGUGGGAAAUAGCUUUCCAUGCUUCUAAUAAAAGCUUCACAGUAGAAAACAGGGAUUUCUGCUGGAUUUCAAAUCAUUGCCAUGGAUUUUGACAUCCCUCUGGACUCUGUCCUAGAGUUCUAGAAAUGUCGACUGCUGCUUACUUGUUCUUUUGUCUCCCUAGCUUUAUGAAUAAUUGAAAAAUCACAGUAUCCUGGUCAUUUUUGAAAAUUCCUUUUGCCCUUUCCUCAGGCCAUGUUGGAAUUAAGACUGUUAGAGAUGUUUAAUACUCAGGGACAGACUACUACGUGCAUGUUCACUGGGGGCGAGGGAGGUGUUCAGGAAUUAAGAGCACUUGCUACUCCUGCAGGGGACCCAAGUCCAGUUUCCAGCACCCACAUUAGACAGCUCACAACCGCCUGCAACUUUAGCUCCAGGCAAUCUAACCCUCUUCUGACCUCCAUGGGACACACACACACAAACGAGCACACACACAAAUGCGCACACACACACACAUUUUUUUAAAGCACAUGUUUAAGAUAACUCUAUAAUCCAUUCAACACCAGAACAGAAACAGAUUUUAGUUCAGUGUUUGGAAGGUAUCUGCGCUGUGACUAACCUGUAAGUUCAUAGUGUGCGUCUAAUUGGUUCUGGAGCUUUACAUGUGCAUUAGGAAAUUCAUGAGUAUGUUCUGACCUGUGUU